AUGUCUCGUAUUUCGACUCCUGCCAAAGUUGUUAUGAAUCAACAGUUGAAUACAGUGGAAGAAGAAGAAGAACAAGUUGAACAAUCAGACAUCGUUCGUGAACAUGAAAUGGGCUAUAAACAAGAACUGUAUCGUGGCUUUUCACCACUUAUGUCCUUUGCCUUUUGUUUCACUAGUGUGAAUGUACUCACAUCCAUGUCAAUUAGCUUUACCUAUGCAUUACACACUGGUGGGUCAGCUGUAGCUGUAUGGUCUUGGCUCAUUGGAUCUAUUUUUACAAAUCUUGUCGGUCUUUCAUUAGCUGAGAUUUGUUCUGUGUAUCCUAGUGCUGGUUCUGUCUAUUAUUGGGCCGGUCAACUGGUACCAAUUCAAUACGCGCCAUUAUCUUCAUUUAUUUGCGGUUGGUUUAAUUUUGUAGGUAAUGUAGCAGCAAAUGCUGCAUUUUCAUCGGGUUUUGCUACCAUUGUCAAUGCUGCUCUUAUUCUUGACGGCAAAGAUUCGUUGAGUACAGGAGCAGAAGUGGGUAUCAGUAUAGGAAUUACAAUUUUAUGGGCCAUACAAAACACAUUUCGUAUUGAUCAACAAGGAUGGCUCAAUAAUGUUGCAGCUGCCAUUCAAAUAGCUUCUACCAUUGGUAUUGUAAUUGUUCUAUUCGCUCUGGCACCUGAAAGAGCUUCUGCUCAACAUGUUUUUUUAUCUACAUACAAUGCUACAGGAUUUCCACAUCCAUAUAUGUACUUCAUUGGAAUCCUUACAACACUUUUCUCAUUGGCUGGAUACGAUGGUAAUUCUUUUAUGGAUUUAAAUUGUUAUUAUUUUAGUGCGCCUUAUAAAUUUGAUAGCUGGUGCUCAUUUGGCCGAAGAAACUAG